CUAGAAAAGGUCUCCUUUGUCAAAGUAAUUUGCUGGGGCUUUUGCCUAUCCAUACAAGUGAGAAACAUUAAAGAAUGAACCGCCUCCCUUGUGUAGCCCUUUAUAUGGGCGCAGCAUAGCUCACCCCUCUCCAAUCCUCUCUCUCUCUCUCUCCGAGAGCUGAACAUUAUGGCCGACGUCGAAAUGCGUGGCAGCGGCGAAGCGCCAGGCUUCAAGCUCUUCGGAACGGUGAUCAUAACGGAAGACGGACGGCCAAAGGCGGAGGAAGCGGAUAGGCCGGCGGAGAGGGAGGUGGCGGCGGCGCAGGCGGCGGCGGCGGUGAGGAGGACGGCGCUGCCGUGCCCGAGGUGCAAGAGCAAGGAGACCAAGUUUUGCUACUUCAACAACUACAACGUGAACCAACCUCGCCACUUCUGCAAGGCCUGCCACCGCUACUGGACGGCCGGCGGCACCCUGCGCAACGUGCCCGUCGGCGCCGGCCGCCGGAAAAAUCGCCCCGCUCCCCGCAGCGGCGCCGCCGCGACCACCGCCGACGCCGCGUGCGUCCUCGAGUACCCCUCCGCUCCUCACUUGGAUCGUGGGGAGGUCGAGCGGUGGCUGCUGCGGCCGGAGCCGCCGGCAGCGAGGCCGAGGAUCGACGAUGGGUUCAGACGCGGACUUCGUUGACUUUUCCGUUAGGGUUGCCGUGUUUUUUUUUAAAAUCUUUUUGGGGGGUUUCCACUUUGUUUUUAGUUUCCCAUUAUCUUCAUCUCUUUUUUUUUUGGGGUAUGUAAAACGUGUAAAACCUGAGGCUAUAUCGAUCGCCUAAUGAUAGAAGUAGGAAUAUGUGGUAUUGUGGUGGUAUCUGAGAAGUAUAUGGGAAUCGGAGAUGGUUGGGUUCCUUUUACUGGGAAACGCUUGAAAACUGCUGUUGGAUUCUCAUG